ACUGAGCAGCAACAGGACAGAGUAGACCUCCUCCCUAGCUUGUCUCUGAGGAAGAGCUCUGCUGAGAGAAGUUGUUCUAAGUUUUCCCAACACCACCAUCACAUAAUAUGCUCCAUGGCUAAUUGUGCUGCCUUGUGAUACUUCCAGGAGGAGAUCACUCAUAUCUACUGCCCUACCUUCCUCUGUGUGUGGAUGCUGGAAGAAACAUUAGGGUUCUGUAUAUGGAAAUUGUGGGUUGCAGAACAGAAGAAAGUGCCUAUCCCUUCCGACCAGCAGCCAUGCUCUUCCAUGGGAUAACCGGGGGACAUAUACAAGGGAUCAUGGAAGAGAUGGAGAGACGGUCCAAGUCAGCAGAUAGCCGUCUGGCCAAAACUAUCCAGGUCAAUGGCAGAGAAACAAGAAUGCCGCCACUCAGCCCAGAGAAGCCAGCUCUGUGUGCAGGAUGUGGAGGGAAGAUCUCUGACAGAUACUACCUUUUGGCUGUGGACAAGCAAUGGCAUCUCCGCUGUCUGAAGUGCUGUGAAUGUAAACUGGCCUUGGAGUCAGAAUUGACUUGUUUUGCAAAGGAUGGAAGCAUAUAUUGCAAAGAAGAUUAUUACAGAAGGUUUUCGGUGCAGAGGUGUGCUCGAUGCCACCUUGGCAUUUCAGCUUCAGAAAUGGUUAUGAGAGCAAGAGAGUCGGUCUAUCAUCUAAGCUGCUUCACAUGCACCACGUGUAACAAGACCCUGAGUACAGGAGACCAUUUUGGCAUGAAAGAAAAUCUAGUAUAUUGCCGGGCUCACUUUGAGCUCUUGGUCCAGGGAGAUUUCCAUCCUCAGCUCAACUACACUGAGAUUUCAGCUAAAGGUGGAGGACUGUCUGCACUUCCCUACUUCACCAAUGGAACAGGUGCCGUGCAAAAGGGGAGACCCAGAAAGAGGAAGAGUCCUGCCCUGGGAGUAGACAUCAUCAACUACACUUCAGGUUGCAAUGAGAAUGACACAGAUUUGGACAGAGACCAGUCAUAUCCUCCCUCCCAAAAGUCGAAACGUAUGCGUACCUCAUUUAAACAUCACCAGCUCCGUACCAUGAAGUCAUACUUUGCUAUAAACCAUAAUCCAGAUGCAAAGGAUUUGAAGCAACUGGCUCAAAAAACAGGAUUAACCAAAAGGGUCCUACAGGGAGAACAAUGUUCGGGGUUUAACAGCCAUACAACCCGGCGUUUGAAAAUUCCCUAAAGUAUUUAAAGAAGGGGAAAAGUUUGAUCGGAAAACCUACUGCAGUGAAGACAAAGACAAAAUUAGCUAAAAACAUAAAAAACUAUACAUAUAUAUAUAUAUAUAUAAACAUAAAACCUUUGUCAUUUUUGAAUGUUGAGAAUUGUUUUUUCCUUUCCAUAUGCAUAAUUGGCUGAUAAUUAUAAUGUUGUGCUAUAGUGUAGAUAUGAAAGGCAUAACAAUUUAUCAGUUGCAAUUUCAAGAUUUAUAGAUUUCUCUACAACACUAUAAAAUAUGUAUAUACACAAUGGAGCAACCUGGCAUUAAUGAAUCAGUUUGAAUGCAAAGUUUAUUGAUGACUUGCCUGAUUUUAAGCACAAUACAUUUAACAUAAAUGUAAAAAGAAACACUUUAUAACAUGCCUGCAAAAAUGUAUUCUUAAAAAUGUGAAUUAUGUAUCAUUUAUGUCUAUACACUUUUCAUUACAAUUUUUUUUUAUCCUUUCAGGGUCAGUCCCAUGUAACACAACCAAAAGGAGCAUUUAAAAAAAAUAUAGUUUCAGAAAAUGGUUAUAACUAAUAAAAACACAUUUAACAUUUACAAAUAUUCUUAAUGGAAAAAAUUAAUUUAAAGGUGUUGUCUCUUUACAACUUAUCCCCGAUCCAUAGUCUCUGAUAAGUCUCUGACUCUGGUUCCCCCGCCAAUCACUAGAAUGGGGGGCCUGUGUUCCCACUUGAAUGUAUCGUCAGGCACACAUGUGUGCUGUUACUCCUUUCAAACAUAUGAGACAGCCAGAGAUGAAUGUGCAAUGGUACUCCGCUAUCUCCGGCAGCGCCCAUAUGUGUCUCUGCUUCAUUUAAACAGAGGAAGAAGGGCACCCAUUCUAGUGAUUGGCGUCGGCUAUAGAGGUUGGACCCCCACUGAUGUGACCCUUAUACCCUAUACUGUGGAUAGGGGAUAAGUUGUUAUAAUGGGACAACUCAUUUAAGUUCAUUCUAGAGCUUUCGAUUAAACAACAGGUUUUUCUUUUCUUUUAAUGGCCAAUGGAAGCCAAGAGAAUAUUUUAAAGCCAGGAUCACACAGCCCAGAUUUUUUGCAGUCGAUUAUAUAUUUUUAGUAAUAAAUUGUCUCUAACCAUAUCCACCAGUGAAGGAGGUAUGAACUUUUAUAUCUGCCACAAUGAGUGAACUUGGUUUAAAGUAAGUCUGUUAUGUUGAACAAGCAGUUUUAUCUGCCAGAAGCAUGUUAUAGAACAGGAGGAGCUGAGCAGAUCAAUGUAUAAUUUUGUUGGAAAAGAUUUGGUAUAACUUGUAGCUUAUUGAGCUAAAUCUCUAUUCCUUCAGGACUUAGGAGUCCAGUGGAUGGUGUCUAUCAAUGACUGACAGCCUUCCUUUCAUGAGUGUGCAUACAGACUGUCAAUUACUGAUAGGAAGGCCCACUGGACUACUAAACUCAGAAUAAACAGAGGUUUAAUUACAGUACCAGUUAUCCUGAAUCUUUUCUCAUAAUACUAUAUAUCAAUCUUAUCAGCCUCUCUGCCCUACAGUAUGCUGCUUUCAGAACAGGCUGCUUCUUCAAUACGACAGUUCCCGUGAAGAAGCAAUUUUAAAGCACAAUACAUGGGACGACUCUAAGAACAAAAAGUAAAAAAAAAAAAAUCUGCAUGAGGUUCUAAUACACUUGUUCUCUAUUUGUGUGAAUAACUUUCCUUGAUGUUUGCUGUAAAAUAAAUGAG